AUGUUCGGCUGUCUGGUGGCCGGCAGGUUGGUGCAGACGGACGCGGUGCAGGUGGCCUCGGACAAGUUCGUGUUUAACCUGCCGGAUUAUGAAAACGUGAACCAUGUGGUGGUGUUCAUGCUGGGCACGGUGCCGUUCCCCGCCGGGAUGGGGGGAGCUGUCUACUUCUCCUUCCCGGACCCGGUGAGCGGCGGAGCGGUGUGGCAGCUGCUCGGCUUCAUCACCAACGACAAACCCAGCGCCAUCUUUAAAAUCUCUGGGCUGAAAGCCGGGGAGGGGGGCGCCCACCCCUUCGGAAUGAUGGCGUCCUCCCCGUCGGCGCAGGUCGGGGUGUCGGUGGAGGCUCUGGAGCAGCUCUCCCAGCAGGUCCCGGUUUCCAGCGCUGCCGUGUCCACCGUGGACUCCUUCCUGCAGUUCACUCAGAAGAUGCUAGACAGCCUCUACAACUUCGCCUCGUCCUUUGCCGUGACGCAGGCUCAGAUGACCCCGAACCCCUCAGAGACCUUCAUCCCCUCCAGCUGCAUCCUGAAGUGGUACGAGAACUUCCAGAGGAGGCUUGGACAGAACCCCAACUUCUGGAAGAACUGAUGGGAGCAGAGGCGCGUUAAAGGAGGAGAACGCUAAAGACUCCGUGUGCCUGAUGCUCCUAAUAAAAACUAAAGGUUUCAUAGAGCUAAAGUCUGUCUUCAUCUCUGAUGCUGCAACAGAAAAAAACACUUAAAAUCCUGUGGUCGCGAUCUAAAGCUCUGAAGAUGUUUGUAAUUAAACAGAAAGACUGAAAUGAACUCUGACGGCUGAGUCUUGGGAACGGAAACAUCAACACACUCCUCUACCCUCUUCUUCAUGGCGCAGAGUUUCAGAGUUUUAGCUAAGGCUGAGUCCACAUGAAGGUGUGUAUUUUUGAAAACAGAGGUUUUAAAAGUGUUCCCGUCCUCUCAGACUACACUCUCAGACGCUGUUACAUGCCGUAGAGAUGCCGCUGUGUGUUCUCCACAGGAGAAGCAGCUCUCAGGUGUGACGGUGGUGUUGUACGAAGCAGCAGUGACCUGGAGCUGGACUACUUCCUGAAGACAGAGGCCUAAACGUGCCAAAGUGUCUGUCUAUUAAAGAAUUUACCAGUCUAAUAAAGGAAUUUUAAACCUUC